ACUAGGGGAAAGAAAGUUACAAAAUGGAGUGUGUGGUAUGAUUGGUCAGUGUGGAAUUCCAUUGAAGGCAUUUCCCACAGCUGGAUCUACAGCCCAGAACAAACAAAGCACUUUCUUGGGAAUAGAGAAACUAGCUCAUAAAUGUCUUCAUCUUCAUCUCUGCGGCAAAUGGAAAGCAAAUUUUGUUCAAAAAUUCUAUUUGUGGGUUUCUUUCAGGUGAUUUUAGUUGUUAGUAAACUCUGUAAUUUAUAUUAAUUUUGUAAUUAGUUUAUAAAAGAGUCACUUAGAAGUCAUUUAGAAACGUUAAAUUUGGGUUGGGAAAAAAGAAACAAUGCUGAGUCUCAUGCUAAUUUUAGAACCUAAACAGAGGAUUAGUUUGAACAAGCAAACAUUGUUAAAUGCCUUGUUUGUUGCCAAAGGAUUGAAGAUGCUGCCACACUGCCAAAAUUCCUAGAUACUCUGUAUUACCUCAAGUUUUAAACACGAGCAUAGCAGAGGACUGUAGUAGAAGGUGUUUUGUCCAGGAGUAGUACACAGCCCAUCCGCUACUGCUGGAUGUUUGGAUUGGGGGUACUGGUGGUUAUCCUUGCCUUAAAGGCGUUGACUUUUUAUUGCUUUAGUUAGAAAAAUGAAUCAAAGAAGACCUGUUUUGGAAGAAAAAAAUCAAUCUGAAUUACACCCAAACGGAAAGAGGAACAGAAGUAAAGACUGUCUUCUGGUAAAUGCUGAAACCGGUGAUGACACUUAUGGAUAUUAUGGACAUCACUAUAGUGACAGCACGCAUCAGACUCGUCAGAAUAUGGGCAAGAGCAGAAGGCAGGCCUCACGGGGGGCCGCCUAUAUGUUCAACGCACAUCCCAACACCCUGACACCCGUGGAGGAGCGCUUCCUUGAUGCUGCUGAGUAUGGAAACAUCCCUGUGGUGCGGCGAAUGCUUGAGGAGAUCCCUGGGUUGGAUGUGAACUGUGUGGACUACAUGGGUCAGAAUGCCUUGCAGAUAGCAGUGGCGAAUGAACAUCUUGAGGUUACGGAACUUUUGUUAAAGAAGGACAACUUAUCCCGGAUUGGUGAUGCACUCCUUUUAGCUAUUAGCAAAGGCUACAUUCGUAUUGUUGAGGCCAUCCUGAGUCAUAAGGCUUUUGCUGAAUCCAGGAAAUUAACCGCCAGCCCAAGGGAGGCAGCAAUGCAUGAUGACUUCUUUGCAUAUGAUGAAGACGGGACUCGCUUUUCUCACGAUAUCACGCCAAUUAUCCUGGCAUCGCACUGCCAUGAGUAUGAGAUCGUCCACAUCCUCCUGGCCAAAGGGGCUCGUAUCGAGCAACCCCAUGACUAUUUCUGUACCUGUGACACCUGUAAUUACCAUCAGAAAUAUGAUUCGUUCAGUCACUCACGCUCACGUAUUAAUGCCUACCGAGGCCUAGCUAGUCCAGCUUACCUCUCUCUGUCCAAUGAAGAUCCUGUGCUGGCUGCUUUAGAGCUCAGCAAUGAACUUGCCUGUUUGGCGAAUAUUGAGAAGGAAUUCAAGAAUGAUUAUAGGAAACUCUCUAUGCAAUGCAAAAGCUUUGUAGUUGGACUUCUGGAUCUGUGUCGGAGCACAGAGGAAGUGGAGGCCAUUCUGAAUGGCGAAGAAGAUGAUAACUCUGAUCUACCAGGACGACCAAGUUUCACCCGACUUAACCUUGCAAUAAAGUAUGAACUCAAAAAGUUUGUUGCGCAUCCUAAUUGCCAGCAGCAGCUUCUUUCAAUCUGGUAUGAACAUUUGCCUGGAUUGAGACAGCAGACCACAGCCAUCAAGUUUUUGGUGGUCCUGGGUGUUGCAAUAGGACUCCCUUUCCUAUCCAUUGUGUACUGGGUGGCACCAUGUAGUAAGAUGGGAAAAAUUAUGCGAGGCCCCUUUCCAAAGUUUGUGGCUCAUGGAUCAUCUUUCACUAUUUUCCUUGGCUUGUUAGUGUUUAAUGCAGCUGAUCGCUUUGACGGGAGCAAACUGUUGCCAAAUAUGACCGUCCAAGACCAUCCAGCACAGCUGUUCCGCAUGAAAACAACUCCCUUCACGUGGAUGGAGAUGCUGAUCAUCUUCUGGGUAAUAGGAAUGAUUUGGGCCGAAUGCAAAGAGAUCUGGUGUCAGGGUCCGAGAGAGUACCUCCUCGAACCUUGGAAUAUGUUGGAUUUUGGAAUGUUAGCCAUUUUUAUAGCUUCCUUUGUUGCAAAGUUAAUGGCUUACUGGCAUGCAUCUACGGCACAAAUUUAUGUUGAUAAACACUACACAGACAUAACAAAUGUAACUUUACCACAGGAGGUCGAAUACUUCAGACUCGCGCGUCUCUUCUGGCUGCCUUCAGAUCCACAGCUGGUUUCUGAAGGGCUGUAUGCCAUUGCGGUGGUUUUGAGUUUCUCUCGAAUUGCAUAUAUCCUUCCAGCCAAUGAGAGCUUUGGACCAUUGCAAAUCUCUUUGGGAAGGACUGUAAAAGACAUCUUUAAAUUCAUGGUGAUCUUCAUUCUGGUUUUUCUGGCCUUCAUGAUCGGAAUGUUCAACCUGUAUUCAUUUUAUUUGGGGGCUAAACAGAAUGACGCAUUUACAACCAUAGAAGAAAGCUUCAAAACACUGUUUUGGGCUAUCUUUGGGCUCUCUGAAGUCAAGUCAGUGGUUGUGAACAAUGGACACAAGUUCAUAGAGAACACCGGUUACGUGCUCUAUGGAGUGUAUAAUGUCACAAUGGUCAUUGUGUUGCUCAACAUGCUCAUUGCAAUGAUCAACAGCUCUUUUCAGGAGAUUGAGGAUGACUCAGAUGUCGAAUGGAAAUUUGCCCGGGCCAAACUCUGGUUUUCGUACUUUGAGGAGGGCAGGACCCUCCCUGUGCCCUUCAAUCUGGUACCUAGCCCAAAGUCUGUGCUUGGUCUGGGCCUGGGUUUAAAAUCGCUGCUGCUAAAACUCUUCCACAAACACAAAGCUAUUAUGAAGAAUGAGGCAGAACUCAGUGAGGUGACACAUACACAAACUUUAGGAGUGAACAAAAGCAACAAAAUGACAAGUCAUCGAUAUCAGAAGAUUAUGAAACGCCUGAUCAAGCGCUACAUCAUCAAAGCUCAGAUGGACAAAGAAUUUGAUGAAGUCAAUGAGGGUGAACUGAAGGAAAUAAAGCAAGACAUUUCCAGUUUGCGCUACGAGCUUCUUGAAGAAAAAUCGCACAACAUGGAGCGCAUGGCCGAACUGAUCAGCAAACUUGAAAAACGUGUCUGUGCAUAAAAUGUGCAGAGUGAAAUAGAAAUGUUUUCAGGACUUUUUUUUUUUGAUUGAUAGUGUUACAACUUGCUCUACUCUCCGCUAAUUUAAACAACCACAAGGCUAACCAGGAUGAAAGGAAGAAAGAAUGAACAGUGUAAACAUGUCGCACGAGCACCCAGGACGCAGUUUCAGUGAACAUGGCCUUUUUUGUACAUGAAGAAUGAAGCUUUUUUUCUUGUGCUAACUUUGUGUCACGAGUUUGGAUGGGUUUUAUACGGUUGGAUUAAGAGCAUCUACUGAGAACAUUUGCACGAGAUGCACCCUGGACAUUUUUUUUUUAAUACGACUAAUGUGAAAUGCAUUUUUUUUUGUUAUUUGCUAAACUAAAAAGUAACUAAAGCUUAGAACACAAACUACUGUAUAAAUCACUGUUAACUGUAUUCUUGUAUCCUUUAUUAUUUUAGAAAUGUUCCAUGAUGAGCGACAAUUGCAUUGUGUGCUUUACCAAAAUAAAAAAUAAAAAUAAAACAGACAAUAACUACACUUUGAAGCAACUUUAUCAGAUUGGAUAAAGUAACACGGAGACAUAUAAAAAACAAAACAAAAAAAACAAUAAAGAAAUCAGUUUUCUUUUUUUUUUCCUUUUCAAAAGGACAAACAUGAAUUACAGGACAAUAUUACAAAAAAUGCAAAAACAAAAACAAAAGCAUGGAAUCAAGAUGAAAACUCUUCUAGGAUUUAAAGCAAAAGGACGGACUGAACAAAUACAUACUUAUAAUUACAUUCCAUAUGGGGGAAAUAAAACAACCAACAAACUUAUUCAUCCAUUAAACCAUUAAACUAACUUAUGUGUUUUAACUAUUUACUUUGGAUGCUACGAUUUUAGGAAUAUUUGCUAAAAUAUAUCAUUAAAUUAUCCCAUUAAAUAUCUUUUGAAGUGAACUAAUAAUUGUUUUAUUAUAAGAAUGUUUUGUGCAACUUGUCUUUGGAAGGUUUUAAGAAACUGCUUCUAGGGGAAAAAAUUGUUCAAGCUAAAACUUGUCUUUAGUACAUAUUAAAAUGUGUAAUAUAAGAAACGAUGACACAUUGACAUCAUAAUGUAAUAUUUAAUAUUAUCUUAGUUAGCAGUCUGAUGAGCUAUUGUGUAUUUAUUUGUGUACUUGACUUAUUCUGACUUAUGUGGUUCUUCUCCAAACUGUUACCUCAGUGUUGAAGGCAUACAACUGUAUAGGAUGUCGUUGGAUGCAGUAGCUUUAGGAAACCCAAAGUCUGUUCCAGCAUGACAGUGCCCCCGUGCACAAAGCGAGCUCUAUAAAAGAUAUGGCUCACAUGGGUUGGAGCGAAUGUUUAAUGGACUGCUUUAGACCCCUGACCUCAACCCUAUUGAAAUCCUGUGGGAUGUAACACUGACUGCACCCCGGGCCUCCUCAUCCUACAGCAGUACCUGACUUUACUAAAAGCCUUGAAGCUGAAUGAGCACAAAUCUCCACCUAGGCAACUCCAAAAUCUAGUGUAACAUCUUCCCAGAUGAGUGGAGGUUAUUAUAAGCAAAUGUGAGGUAAGACGUUCAAAAAAGGUCAGGUGUCUAUAAACCUUUGUCCACAUAGUGUAUUUUUUAUAAUUAUUUCGCCCUUAACAAAGGGGUAAAACAUUUAUUUUAUUUUUAAAUGUAAAACUAUUACGCUUAAAGAAUAACUGUGACCUCUUUAAGAAAUCAGAGAUAGAAGCAUAAAAAACAGUUCGCAUACUGUAUCUGGUGGAAUUAUGGAUUAUCUUUGAAAAGGCAUUUUGAAUGAACAGGAUAUCACAUUCAGCAUAUUAAACUAUGUCAUGCCCGAUUAAUGGGUACGUUGUCAAGCUUAUCUUACAUAUAAUUCCAUAAAUAUAUGGAUUAUAUGAUGGACAUUGAGGUAAUAUUAAUAAUGCACUGCAAAGAAAAGUAAUCCUAGCAAGUGAAAAUAUUUCGUAUAUAGUCCAAUAUAUUUCUUAUUAUAAGAUUAAAAUAUACCAAAUAUGAAACCGUUAAAUUUUAGACUUCAUUCUACUGGCAGAUCAUCUGGCGUGCUUCUUAGAGAUAAAUGCAUUAAAUGAACACAAUUAUUUGCCCAUUGAAUAAAAAGACAAGCCUGGAUUCUUGUAAUUAAAAAGAGCAAUACUAGAUACACUAUAGGGACAAAAGUAUUGGGACAACUGAUUUUUCCAGCCAUAUGUGGUACAUCUCCAAACUGUUACCUCAAAGUUGGAAGCACAAAUGUCUUGGAUGCGAUAACAUUACACUUUCCCCUCACUUAAACUAAAAUAAACAAAUUUGUUUCAGCAUGAGACUGUGGAAAUGCACAUGAUCUGGGGUGGAUGAUCUUAAAUGGCCUGCUACAGAGCUCUAACCUGCUGAACAUCUUUGUGAUUAAUUGGAACUCUUGAUUGCUCAUCCUGCAUCAAAAUCUGACUUUACUAACACCAAAAGUGGCUAAAUGAUGACAAAUCACAAUCACAUGCCAAAAUCUUGAGGAACAUCUUCCCAGAAUAGUGGAGGAAAUGGGGACUAAAUGAGGAAAUUGAUGUUCAAGAAGCAAAUAUGAAUCUUAUGGCCAGGUGUCUACAAAUCCUUUGUGCAUAUCGUGUAAAUGUGACUAUAAUAAGUAUAUCCAACAUAAUUUCAUUUGCUAACGUCAUUUUUUUUUUGCAAUGUGGUCGUUCUAGCAUUUUAGGGGGAAUAUAACGUAGUAUGAUGUACAUCAUUGCUAUUCUUUCAUAAUUCUUCUUCACUAAAGUACACUGAAAUGGUAAACCAGUGUGAAAUUAAAUACAGCAGAACUACUAAGGAAAUAGAACACAUGUCUCAGGAAAUCACAGGGACAAACGUUUUUGUACUUCAGAUAUGAUACUACAUCAGAUAUGAUUUUGUACAGUAGGAAAUUGACUUGUUAAUUUAAAUAAAUUAAAAACAGCAAAAAACAAGUUGAUGUGAAGACAUGUGGAUGAAUUGCGAGCAUGAAGGGGCACAAAGAAAAAUGUACCAUGUACCACAACUGUACAAUGUAACAACUGUAACAACUAUUCACAUUUAUAUUUAAUACUAAGAGCUACAUAGCAGAGAUUUUCCUUUCAGAGCACACGCGUCAUUAAAAGUGAUCAUCUCAUAGAGCUUUUUUUUUUGCCCCUGUUGCCAGUGACUUGUUUAUUAAGGAUGAACUUAUAGGAACAAAUUUAUGGGGACUAAUCUAUAAAGCUGCUUUGGGACAAUGUCCAUUAUUAAAAUCACUAUACAAAUAAAACUGAAUUGAAUUUACUGGACCAUUAAUAACAAGACUUAAUACAUUAAUGCUAUUAAAAACAUAUGAUAUAAACAAUGAUGCCCAGCAUCUGAAGCCGUUUGUUUCACCAUUUAUCAUAACAAAAACGG